CGUAUUUCAGGAUUUCGCAAAAAUGAUGAAAUGAAGGCUAUGGAAGUAUUGCCAAUUUUAAAGGAAAAAGUUGCAUACCUUUCAGGUGGCAGAGAUAAGCGUGGAGGUCCUAUUCUAACGUUUCCAGCUCGAAGUAAUCAUGACAGAAUACGGCAAGAAGACCUUAGGAGACUAAUUUCAUACCUAGCUUGUAUUCCUAGUGAGGAGGUGUGUAAACGAGGGUUCACCGUCAUUGUCGAUAUGCGUGGAUCAAAAUGGGACUCUAUAAAGCCUCUACUGAAGAUCUUACAGGAAUCCUUUCCCUGUUGUAUUCAUGUUGCACUGAUAAUCAAGCCAGACAACUUCUGGCAGAAACAGAGGACUAACUUUGGCAGCUCUAAGUUUGAAUUCGAGACAAAUAUGGUGUCUCUGGAAGGCCUUACCAAAGUAGUUGACCCUUCUCAGCUAACCCCGGAAUUUGAUGGCUGUUUGGAGUACAACCAUGAGGAAUGGAUAGAAAUCAGAGUUGCCUUUGAGGACUACAUUAGCAAUGCAACCCAUAUGUUGUCCAGGCUGGAAGAACUGCAAGAUAUUUUGUCAAAAAAGGAAAUGCCUCAGGACCUGGAAGGUGCUCGCAAUAUGAUCGAGGAGCAUUCACAAUUAAAAAAGAAAGUCAUUAAGGCACCUAUUGAGGACCUUGAUGUGGAAGGACAGAAGCUGCUCCAGCGAAUACAGAGCAGCGACAGCUUUCCCAAGAAGAACUCUGGGUCGGGGAACGCAGACUUACAGAACCUCUUACCCAAAGUAUCCACCAUGCUGGACAGGCUGCACUCAACACGGCAGCAUCUGCAUCAGAUGUGGCAUGUGCGGAAAUUGAAAUUGGACCAAUGUUUUCAGCUCAGGCUAUUUGAGCAGGAUGCUGAAAAGAUGUUUGACUGGAUCACCCACAACAAAGGUCUAUUCCUAAAUAGCUACACGGAGAUCGGAACCAGUCACCCCCAUGCUAUGGAGCUUCAGACACAGCACAAUCACUUUGCUAUGAAUUGUAUGAAUGUGUACGUAAACAUAAACCGCAUCAUGUCAGUAGCCAAUCGCCUGGUUGAGUCGGGCCACUACGCCUCGCAGCAGAUCAAGCAGAUUGCAAGCCAGCUGGAGCAGGAGUGGAAGGCAUUUGCUGCAGCCUUGGAUGAACGUAGCACCUUACUGGAUAUGUCCUCUAUUUUCCAUCAGAAAGCUGAACAGUACAUGAGCAAUGUGGAUUCGUGGUGUAAAGCGUGCGGUGAGGUGGAGCUUCCCUCUGAACUGCAAGACCUGGAAGAUGCCAUCCAUCAUCAUCAAGGGAUAUAUGAGCAUAUUACCUUGGCUUACUCUGAGGUAAGCCAAGAUGGAAAGUCACUUCUUGACAAACUUCAGAGGCCUUUAACCCCUGGCAGCUCCGAUUCCCUCACUGCCUCUGCCAACUACUCAAAAGCAGUUCAUCAUGUUCUGGAUGUUAUCCAUGAGGUCCUGCACCACCAGCGCCAACUGGAAAACAUUUGGCAGCAUCGGAAGGUCCGCCUGCACCAGCGACUUCAACUCUGUGUUUUUCAACAGGACGUUCAACAG